UCCAAAACAAUUCGUAAAAUUAUACCUUAUUUUCAACGUUCUAAAGCAGGCUCCCCCCUUAAUUUAAUUAAAUUGACAUGAAGUGUUUGCCAGUUUUGCAAACGUUCACUUCAAGUAUUUUAUAAAAACGUCUCAAUUUGAUAUCCAUGAUAUGACAGAAUACCAUAUUUAUAUAUACAUUUUUCCCUUCGAACGUGUAUUAUUACAGAUAAGAGAGUAUUUAAUGCUUUAAAUAAUUUUAAGAACUUACGGUUGAUUUUGUUAGAAUACAGAAUCAUUUUUAAUACGUACGUGGAAAUACGUUUUUAUAUUCUUAUUUAAAUAAAAUGGCCUGAAGAAUUGAUUGUUAAUUUAGCACUUUGUCCAUGUCGAAUCGGGCCUGAUUCAAGUUGGAUAACAUUUUUAUAACGUUCCACAUAAACGAUGUAAUACUUUAUACAAGUAAAGCACAUGCUAUUGAUCAAACAUGAGCAGCUACAUAUGGCUGACUCUGCCUAGUUCCACUGUGUUGUUAUUUUUGAGAAAAAUUUGUAUCUUGUUAAGAAUAAACGAUCUGAAUACUAAUCAAAGUGUAAAAUUCUUCAUCUUGCCGCAAAAUGCCGAAAAAGGGAAAGGGAGACAAACUGGCUCGUAUGAGCGACGAGGAGCGCGCUCGUUACUUGCAACACCGAGCCGAAUUGGAGAUGGAGGCUAAACGACGCAAGCAACAAUUGAUUGCGGCGUUCACCAAAAACAAGUUGAGACGUGAGGAAGCGUUCUCGCGGCUGAAUACCGCGAAGAUUAACGAACAGUGGCGAUUUAUUCUGCGACGGAUAAAAUGUAAGGAGCUUCACGAGGAUGUAGAAUGUCUCUGGAGAAAUUUCGAUCGCAUAUUGAAGACCAAGGACCUCGUGAUACAGCGUUUAUAUGAUGAACUAAAGAUGGCCGAUAUGGAUCACAGAAGGCUGCAAGAGGCUCAUAUUCAGACGAUAGAUCUAAUAAUUGGGAGAUACAAACAGAGAUGCGAGCAUCUGCACGAGUUUUUUGCACGCGAGCGCGAUCGUGUUGUUUCAAAGGAUGUAAACGAAUUAAAUAAAAUACAGGAGAGCCUAGAGCAACGCUGCAGCCAAUUACAGAGCAUCAUUUUUGGGCAGGAGAAGGAAAUAGAAAACAGAUUGACGCAAACGAAGAUUCGGAACGCCGUUAACAUAUACGGCAUUGUAUACUUGAAGGAAGACUCCUUAUCGCGCUUGACGCAAUACACGUCCAACGAGAUUGAGAAACUAUGGCGACAGCUUACCGAGACGAUAACCGAGUACGAGAACAUCACGGGGGAAGAUAUAAGAAAGCAGUAUGAAUACCUGAAGGAGCAGGAUGACAUUUACCGCGCGGACGCGGCACAAUAUCCGAGAUUGCACGCGUACUUGCAAGGCACGAUCAAGAGCCUGAAACAGGACACGCACGCGUUAUCGCGGAAGAGACAGCAGAGAAUAACGGAGCUGGGAGAUCAGGUCGUGCGCAUGAGGAAGAGAAUUGAAAGUCUGAGACAGGACUUCUCCGUGAGUCAAAUGCUGGACGCCACCCAGCUGAAGAAAUUAACUAUCGUCAGCACUAGCGUCCUAAAAGACUUGCGAAGGAUGUCGGAGAAGGGCUCGGCGUUACUCUCGCUGCUGAAGAUGUGUUCAAAUUUGGAGCCAUCCUCGUUAAUUGUUCAGAAGUACACUUUGCACGAGCCGCAAGAGACUCUCACCGAUUGUAUAUCCGAGCCGUUCAAUAAACUGGAGAACUUCUGGGAGCAGUUCAAUUAUAUUAAAGCCGAGAACGUCUUUAUGAGAAAGGAAUGCGACAAACUGUCUUUCGAGAACAAGCAGCUGAGAAACACCUUACGCAUGUAUCUCCUAACCGUUUCUAGAACCUCGACUAUAAGGCCACUUAUGUCCGUUCCUGUAUAAAUCGACCUGCCUCCUGCACCGAAAUAAGUUUCAUUAGGUCGGAAGUAUAUUAAUCUUUUAAUUUAUUAAUCGGUUUUUAAUCUUGAAUUCACGCAUUCACACGAAUCUCGUCAAAAAUAUAAUUAAAAAAAGAGUUCGGAUAACUUUUUUAUAUCUCCCACAUAAGUAGAGGAAAGUCCCCGAU